GUCACGAUACGACGAGGAAAGAGAACCGGAAGACAGCGCGGGAGAAUGUCGACUUGCACCGACGAGGCCGACAACGCACCCCUGCACAUGCAGGAGGCCCUGUCACCGGUGCAGGAGGGCCCAGUGUCUCCGGCGUCCUCCUCCCUGAGCAAUCAGAAUCAAAACGAUAGCGAGCAGCAGGUGCUGCUCGCCACGAUGCAACCAGUGAACGUGCUGGACCUGCACGAGCCAGCGACGGUGCACUCGCUCCACUCCAAGUACCACCAUCAUCAUCACCGCCACCAUCACCACCAUCACCAUCAUCAUCAUCAGUCACAGCACAUUCAGGACCCGGACGACGUGCAGCAGCGUUCGGCCGACGACACCGACGGCAGGGUGACGCCAGGCGGCGAGCAGAACUCAGGCAACCCGACGCUAGGCGUCGGCGAGCACAAGAUGAUCGAUCUCAUCUACAACGACGGCCAGAAGACCGUCAUGUACACCCACGACAAGGAGAUCAUAUACGAGAACGAGGCGGAUCGCGUCCAGGUGGUCGAGUACCCGCCACCGCCGCCCUCGCCGCCGUCUCCGUCGCCGCCGUCCAACGUUUCCAGAUCGGGGUUGUUGCCGCCCACCUGCGUCACCCCCAGGUCAGCAUCCACCACGGCGUUGCACUUGCAUCACUAUCCGCAGCUGCAGCUACAGCACGAGGACGAUCUUCCACCCGGUGUGCGUCACGCCGUGAACGCCACUGUCCCGAAUUGCGGAGCUGCGACCACCACCACCACGGUUCUGGUCCUCUCGGAGCUGGUCGCGGCGGACCCAGCGGCUGGGGCAGCAGCCGCCCAGCAACUCACCCUCACCGCCGCCGCCGCUGCUGCAUCGUUGCGUGCUGGACGACGAAGUCGCGGCGAGGAGGAGACGAACGGCGGCGUGGUAAACGACGACACCUCGCAGCAACAGCAGCCUAGCUACGUGUCCGGUCAGCGUGAUACAGAGGAAGAGGAGGAACUAGGCGCGGAGGAGGCGGCCCAGUCCCUGCAAAGCGGCGCCGAGGGCGCCGACCCGGAGGUCCACAAGAGGGUUGCUGCGGUGCAGGUGCAGGUGCAGGGUAUGGAGGGCGACUGGCGGACCUACUGCGAGCAUCCGCUCUCGGUAGCGACCGCGGCGAUGCUCAAUCUCCAACAGCAACACCAGGUCUCGGCCGUCACCAGCCAUGGCGACGAUCCUGCCGCUUCCUACGUCUACGAGUACUACAAGCUGCCGGAAAAGACCGCGACGGACGUCAAACUACCGCCCACUCAUGAACUAUGGUCCACGGGUGUGAUGGGCCAGAAGCUGCUGGUGCAGGAGGCGCCUGGCUCCGGUUCCGGUUCGACGAAUCGCAUGGAAGGCGGCGAAGGCGCCGGAGGAGGGGAGCUGCACCACUUCCUGCAUCAGUACAACCAACAGUCCCACAGUCCCGGCCAGAGCCUGCAGGGUGGCCUUCCGCUUCCGCUUAGCCCGCAGUCCCUCAGACACGACGGUUCCUCCAGCGCGGGCAUCGCCGGCGUCAAAAGGGAACCCGAGGACCUCAGCUCCUCGCGAGGGGCCCAACAAUCCAGCAAGAGGCACAAACAGGCCCAACCGGACAGUCCCACGCCACCGGGGAUGUACCAUCAUCAUCAGCAUCAACUGCAGGUGCAACAGUACGGAAGUCCCUACGACCCCUACACCUCGUGCAGCCCACGGCUACAGUCCACGGCGUACACGUCGACCUCAGGGACGGGGGCGGCGAAUGCUGGGAACCAGAGCGGACUGCACCAGGAGGCGACGGCUGUCUACGUCACGGGGGAUGCUCUACCACCUCUGGCAUCGUCGAGUUCGUCCUCGUUGUCGACCACGACUGCUUCGUACACGAGGUACGAGGUUGUGCCAAGCUCUUACGCAACGACACACGCGAUACGCUCGUCCUCGAGCAGCAGCAAAGUCCUGACCGUUGAUCUUCCCAGCCCCGACUCCGGCAUCGGCGCGGACGCGGUCACACCCAGGCAAGAUCAUCAUCCACCCACGGCGUUGCACCAGUCCUCUUUCGACUACACGGAAUUGUGUCCCGGAGGAACAGCGGCCGGCGCCGCGGUGGUCCUCGAGAGCGGCGCAGUGAUACACCAUCAGCCACUGCAACUGCAACUGCAGCAGAGCCACGCACAGGCGCAGGUGCAACGCGGAACUUUGGUGUCCUCGGCCGCGACGAAUCCGAACCCGAAUCCGAAUCCACCGAGAUCACGGCCGUGGCACGAUUUCGGCAGACAAAACGACGCGGACAAAAUCCAGAUACCAAAAAUAUUCUCCGCCUAUGGAUUCAAAUAUCACCUCGAGUCGCCGAUCAGCACGUCGCAGCGCCGCGAGGACGACAGAAUCACCUACAUCAACAAGGGACAAUUCUACGGGAUCACGUUGGACUAUGUCCCGGAUCCUGACAAACCCACCCUCAAAACUGGACAGACUGUCAAGAGCGUGGUAAUGUUGAUGUUCCGAGAAGAGAAGAGCCCCGAAGACGAGAUUAAGGCGUGGCAGUUCUGGCACGGAAGGCAACAUUCUGUCAAGCAACGUAUUCUCGACGCGGACACGAAGAACAGCGUGGGACUGGUGGGCUGCAUAGAGGAAAUUGCACACAACGCGAUUGCAGUUUAUUGGAAUCCACUCGAGUCCUCGGCGAAGAUCAACGUGGCGGUACAGUGUCUCAGCACCGACUUCUCGAGUCAGAAGGGUGUGAAGGGGUUGCCUCUGCACAUCCAAGUGGACACUUACGAGGAACCACCCCCGCACGCCCACUCGUACACACCGCCGUCCCAUCGUGGCUACUGUCAGAUCAAAGUCUUUUGCGAUAAGGGAGCCGAGAGGAAGACUCGCGACGAGGAGAGGAGAGCAGCGAAGAGGAAGAUGACGGCCACUGGCAGGAAAAAGCUCGACGAACUGUACCAUUCUGUCACGGAACGCAGCGAAUUUUACUCGAUGGUGGACCUUCACAAACCUCCAGUCCUGUUUUCCCCACCGGCGGAGCACACCAUUGACAAGUUCUCGACAAUGGAGUUGUCAGGCUUCUACGGAGGCGGCGGCGGGGGCGGUGGCGACACCGACACGUCGUCCCUCAGUAAUGGGGAGGGCGGAGGAUUGAAGGCGGGUGGCAGCAGCCCUUACCCGGCCUGCGGCAGACCCAGCUUGCCUGCCCUCAAGUUCCACAACCACUUUCCGCCCGACAAUCUGACUAGCCUGCACGACAAGAAGGACUCGUUGCUGAUGCAGGUCCAGGAGCUGCAGGGCUCGGUGCUGCAGGGUGUGCAACAAGCAGGACUAGCCGGGACGGUGGUGUCCGGUGUUGGUAACCGACUGCACCUUCAACAACAACCGCCCCAUCUGCGGCCAGCCGACACCGAGGAGAGGGUGAUGCUCUACGUCCGCCAGGAGUCCGAGGACGUCUACACGCCCCUGCACGUGACGCCACCGACCGUCCAGGGACUUUUAAACGCUAUUGAGUCAAAGUACAAAAUUGCAUCCUCGAGUAUUAAUAACCUCUAUCGCAAAAACACAAAGGGAAUUACAGCGAAAAUUGACGACGACAUGAUCCGAUAUUACGUGGACGAGGACCUGUUCCUCCUGGAGGUGAGCCACUCCAGAGUAAACCCGGACCCCGGCAACGACCGCAACCCGAACAAUCCCGGAUCGCCUGGUGAUCCCGGCGACCCGGGCGACCCGCCGGCCACCGCCGGCUACGACGUCACCCUGAUCGUGCUACCCUCGUCGCCCGCCCACAUAGCUCACUCGCCGCUCGCCAAUUCCGCCCACGGGCACUCGCACGUCCACGACAACGGGAACACGUGAGGCGACACGGUGCCGCGUGGAACAUAAACUUAUACGCAUAUACCGUAGCUUUCGUUGUGUAAAUAUGUCCGUGGGACGGAGCGGCCGACGAUGAUCGCUACCUCGAUGGAUCAUCGGCGACGGUGCAAUGCGAAAGGACGCUCGAUAGUUCGAGAACGAGGGACGAGGGAGGUUUUCAGAGUCCGGCGCGAAGGAUCCCGAUCAACGAUCGCGCGAAGACGAAGACCAGGAAGAAAACGAAGACGCGUUCGGCGAACGUCCCAUUCCGCGAGGAGCAACGUUCUCCGCUGUUUGUACUUUGGGACUGCUGAACGGACCGACGUACUUGUCCGUACCGUAUAAUCGUAAGAAGUCAGAUCAGAUUGUUAGUUGAUGUAGUUGGUCGUCCUGCGAUGCACGGGCAACGCUGGCGCGGGCGGUUGUCGUUCGAGCGCCGGGGAUUCCGCGGACACGGGUUGGACGUUUGAUCUCGAGGACGCGUUUUGUUAAUAUCGAUAGUCGGUUCUCGACACGUUCUACGAAAUUGCGAGGGUGGUUCGCGUAUAAACGAGAUCCUAUCUUUUCGUGGAUUUAUUGGGCGAGUACCUUGGCAUACGGAAGCAGCGACGUGGCUAGAGUUUGUACCAUCCUCCCCCCAAGAAUACAACGUAAUAGAUGUAAAUGAUUCGUAGAACGAUAGACAGGUAAGAUGAAAAUUUUAUUUAUUCUUUCAGUGAAUUCGGUUUGUCUCGUUGUAAAUAACGAUUCGACCGAGUCGAGGCUCGAUAAAUUGCGGAGAGAAACGAGUCACGAUUAUAUCUGAACCAACCUCGUAUUUGUUACCGCCAAGAGUACGGUCUCUUGGUACGCUGUUGGAAAUUUUAUGAUAAAAAUAUUAUAGCUCGUGUGCGCGGAAUAUAGUUGGCAGAACGAAAGAUCAGCCCUGGCGUUUCGAUAAAAAAUUACUCGACACUGUCCACCCGAGACUGAUCUUUCCUUCUCCGUAUAAUACCGGCCAUCGAACAGCCUGUACCAGCGUUGGCGUCGAUUCGAAGCGCAAUUUCGCGAGGAGGCGUGUUUCAAACCGCGCAGGGCGACUCGUUAUUUUAUAUUUUUGUUUGUUUUCACUUGUGAACAAUUUAUAUCGAUGGUUGUUAGCUUAGAGAGAUACCGUGGCGUCGUGGAUGAAACGCGACGGCUAUAUGUAAAUCAAUCAAAAUUGAUUUAAGGAACUUCCUUGCCCCAGAUCCCCUCCAUUCCCCUUCCCCUCUUCGUUACAUGUUAAGCAAUACGUAUGACGUAUAGAUUGUAUAUGAAAAUGUCCACUCUAUUUUAUCGUAUCGUCGAUUUAGAGUUUAAAAAUUCUCGUUCGCGCGUUCGGUGAAGCGAAGCGUCGCUGCUCUUAGCCAUCUGUAAGAAUGCGAAUGUGUAUUUUAUAGCAAGACUCGCGCUUAGAACUUAAAAAAAAUUCUCAACGCCGCCAUUCCAAGAUAGGGUGCCAUUCGAGCAUUAUCUCUUCGUAUCGUUACGCUCGCAUACACACAUACACACACGCGCACCCAUUCGAUCGUAAGUUCUGAAGCAUACCAGUGUCAUAAUUCUUUGACGUUUGGUAGAAGGGCCUCGAGUCAAAAUUAGGUUCAAACGGCUUACACAAAACUCGGAUUAUCGGUCAUAAAAGUUAAGUAUUACUUUAAGAUGUUAAAUUAUAAAGGAAAUAGCUCGUGAUCAUAUUGUGGAAACACAGAAUAUCUGGAGUCCUUUUUACCAAACAUGAAAGAGUCGCUUCUUGCGUCGAGUCCACCAGCUGCCUAAUUAAAAGUCCAUUUCGAUCGCGAGAAGAGAAGCAGUGUCAUAUCCCCCCUUUUUCACAUAUCUUUUCUACUUGCACGAACUGUCCAUUUACUUAAUACUAGUAAGUAUCGUUUAGGUAUUUCGCUAUCAUUCCAGAACCUCCUGAGUGUCCCAGGAUUACUUCGAUAUAUCAUACAAAGACCAAGUAUUACUCAAAUACGUAACCCUCAUGGACGAUUGUAAAAAAGAAAACGGAAAAACGAAUAAUCCAUUAGAAGACUAGCAAGACGCGCCGGUAAAUUUCGAUGGAAUCACCAGUGAACGACGCGUCAUCGAUAUUUAGUGUAGACUACUAUAAGCAAUCACGUUAUAUCGCUAUAAUCGAUCUGUCAACGCGACCCCUGCUCGAACACGUUGUACGACCCUUUGGGGGAUGUAAUUUCAUUUUUCCAUUCGCCUAGGACGUCUUCUUAGAUAGCGUAGCGUGUAGUGGAGAGAAAAGAGACCAUUUUCCAUUGCCACCCUCGAAACCGUAUGCACACGAGUCCCCAAAGGGUUCGGAUGGUCAACGCGAGCCUCUGUGAAACCCGAGUUCGAUCGUCGAUCAUGGCAGACACGAGUGUGCGCGAAUAAUCGUCAACGACUUCCGGCGAACAAGGUCGUCCCAAGCGACGAGGGUACAAUGGUACCGAUAGCCUGCGAUCAUAUUGUUUUUAAGGUGAAAUAACGUUAACGUGCCACCGUCGAAAGCGAGCCAUUUUUGCCAUUUCUCGUCGCGUAACUUUUCAUCGGAUCAAACGAGAAAGAUUACGCCUGUAUACAUACCGCACACAAACACGUACACGCGCAUCAUCGAUAAUAAAAUGGUAAUCAGUCGCGUUUAGGUUCGACUAGAGAGCAUUCCACGAAUCAUGCACACGUCACACAUACGUCGCGAUACACCGAUAUCAAAGCAAGGAUCAAAAUACGCUUGUAAAAUGCAUAUUAUUAUAAUGAGUACUAUAUUUUGUUACAUCUAUUGCAAGAACAGCAUAUAGUUUGAUAUUAUUAAUAUUAUUGAUUCUAUUGACUAGAGCUACGUAAUACCGUAUAUAAUUAUUAUUAUUAUUAUUAUUUUUAUACAAGGGAUGAGUGUGUCGGAGGAAGUAGCGAGAAAGAGAGCGUAAUGUGCGAAAGUACACGAGUGAAUGAGGAGCGUGUAUGCAUGAGAGUCGAGAGAGAAAGAGAGAGAAUAGGGAUAUCUACAAGAUUAUGAAGAUUGUUAGCGUUGCUCCAUGACAUUUUUAACCGUAAUCGAUAUCUCAACCCACAGCCACGCGCACACAGCCCAGCCCCUCGAACCACCCAAAUUCGUCAUAACGCCGUUUGCACCUCGAGAGGACUCGUCGCGCGUGCACGAGCGGCUGCGAACGAUAUUAAUUUUUUUUUUUUUUUUUUUUUUUUUAUUGCUAUCGCACGAUCCCUUUAUUAUCCUUACGUUUAUUAAAUAUUAUUAAUUAAUGAUACAUUAUGAAAAGGCAGCCUGCGUCAGGGUCAGGAAGAGGCUCAAAUCGCCGAACCAAACCGGUGGAAACGACAGCAUCGCGUGACGAAAGAGAAAACGCCCCCGCGUCUACGGCACGUCCGCCAUUUUCUCUGCUCGUACGAUUUUGUUCGCUGCGUUUCGUACUCGCCGCGAGUUUUGAGCGCUUCUCGUGACCGUUUCCCAAGCCGUGUCUCGAUAUCAUACUUAAACCACGUUAAACGACGAUGCGGAACGCGCCCGACAGGCCUCAUACGCCUUAAUUUUGUUAGAAAUGUUAGGCCCGAUUUUAAUUUUUUUGUCUCAAGGGCCGAACGCGCACAGUGUACUGUUUUGUUUGGACGUGGCUCGAGAAUCCGUAGCCACGUCCCCGGACCCAGAUAUGAUGUCAGAGUACCCGAUUAUAUACCGUUUUUCGCGUUGUCUUGCCAUCGUGAGAUUGU